UUCGUGAACCACGCCAGGGGCAGUGUGGCAGGGGAGCCGAAGUAAAGGCAGGGCAAAAGGGCGACAGAGGAGGAGGCCGGGGAGUGAGAAGCGAUGGCGCCGAAGAGGAAGACGAGAGCCGCGGCUAAGACGCCGGCUUUGUCGCUGCGGAAGACCAGGAGCGCCACCGCCGGGAAGCGGGCGGAUCCUCCUCCCCCGAAGAAGUCCAAGCAAUCCUCCAACGGGAAGGCGAAGGGGGCGAGAGGUGGCAAGAGAAAGGUCAAGGACGUGACGGUGAUUGAGAUUUCCGAUGCUGAAGAGGCGCCCGCUUCCCCGGCGUCUAAGGAUAAAGCCGCCGCUGUAUCCUCGAAGACCAUCAUCGUCGAGGCCUGCAAGCAAUGCAAUUCUUUCAAGGUGAGGGCCAUGCAAGUGAAGGAAGGACUGGAAAAUGCUGUUCCUGGAAUCAUUGUAUCAAUCAACCCUGAUAAACCACGGCGUGGAUGCUUUGAGAUACGUGAGGGAGGCUGUCAAACUUUUGUAUCUUUACUGGAUAUGCGGCGGCCCUUUACACGAAUGAAGGAGCUCAACAUAGAAGAUGUAAUCAAGGACAUUGUCAAGAAGAUCACCUGAUUGGGAAUGACUACGUGAUCAGUGCACUCUAUUUUGUUGGCUGCAAAUUGUAAUACCCAUAAAUUUGCGUAUAGAUUGGCUGUGAUGGAAUAGUUUAAACUUUAGCAGACAGAGAAUGGUGCUCUAUUGGAUCUUUUUGUUUUGCCUUAGUGCUUUUUAGGCAGAUCCAAACUUGCAUUAGUGAAUCUUGUUUGCUUUCCUGUGCUGGUGCCAA